AUGUUAAAAAGAAGAGGUGGAUUGAAAUGUGUUACUCUGGUCCCAGUACAAGCCCAAAAACAAACAAGUAAAAAGUAUCAAACAGAAUCAGUAUAGUUAUCCAAGUAUAAAUAAGAAAAAGAAAUAGAAGAUAAAUACACAAAAUAGGCUAAGUGAGUAAUAUAAUACGUAUUUUAUAGUUUUUAUAUGUAUAACAUAUAGCGCUAUAAUAUUGGAUGCUUCCUGCAAUGAAUGACAAUAUACAACAGUCUGUACCACUGAGGUAGUGUGUAAGUGGAAGUAUAAAGUGUUUCUGUAUUUUGGCUUAUGACUUUUUCUUCAAGCUGAAUCUGUCGUUACCAGUUGUUUGUCUGGUUCAGCCAAAUACAGAACUGAGUUAUUACAAAACAAUUUCAGUGAUAAGAUAUUAAAAUGUAAGACUUUAUAGAUUAAAUCAGGCUCCUAGAAGCAAAGCCCUGAGACGAUUAUCAGCUUCAUCUCUUCACAUCAAAGAGCUGCAGAAACUGCACAGAAGAGUUGGGAAGGAUUUCUUCCUGGUAAUCAGCUCACUCUCCAGAGUCAAUCAUUAACUCCACCACACCCUUUUCCGUUCUGAUAACACAGACAGUAAAGACUUUACCAUGACAAGGAACACCUGUAAAAAUCAGGUGUUUCAAGGUUUGUUAUGUCACAAACAACUGAAGCCGGAUGUGGAGCGUUCCUCAAGUUGAUUCUCCUCACAAAUAAGGCAUCUGUUAGAGGAUUCUGCAUACUCUAAGAAGAAGUUCGAAGCCGAGACAUAUUUAGCCGGAGUGAUGGCGCCCUGCAGCAUUGUGUCUAUUUGAACCUUUGCAGAGACACAGGACAGGAAUGAUUUACUUGGCUCAUACAGCUCACUGGCAGUUCCUGGGCCUGAUAGUCGGGGUCCUGGCAUGGAUCUUCACCAUGGCUGCAGUUGGCAUCAAUGAGUGGCGACUUUGGUAUACAGACGACGUGUCCCUCAUAACCUCAGGUGAAGCCUGGGUGGGUAUCUGGAGAGCAUGUUUCUACAGUCACGCCUUUCCCAGGACGGAGUUCUGCCAGAGCUUCAGCAUCUCGGACACCUUUGUUCCACUGGAGAUCCUCGUGGCUCAGGUGCUAAUGAUGCUGGCAAUGAUCUCUGGCUUGGCAGGAAAUAUCACUGCUGCAGUGGCCAUGAGGUUAGCUUACUUCACAGUGGAAGAUCGAGGGAACAUCAGGGUGGUCUUUUUCCUGGCGGGGGCCUUGUAUGUGAUCACAGCAGUGGUCUCUUUGGUGCCGCUGAUGUGGAACAUGAGCUCUGUGCUGAACAACAGCACCAUAGACUUUCCCCCUGAGUUCCACCUUCCUGCUGCACCUGUCAGGCAGAGAGUUGGCUCAGCAAUCGGAGUGGGCAUCUUCUCCUCUAUCUUGAUGCUUCUGAGUGGCAUGCUCUUCUUCUGCUAUAGAUAUGUAUGGCGAGACCCCAAGAAAGCCAUGGACCCUCUUCAUGGCCCCUGGACAGAAACAACACUGGAACACAAGUCUGAUUUCUCUAAAGUCAAUAGUCAAGGUGUCGAUAAUCUUGGAUUCCACAGUGAAGAAAUCUCAUGAUUGUCUUAUAGAUUUUUUUUCCUUUUUCUUUUUAUUGAUCCAUGAGGAGUAGACUUUGUCAAAUCUAAAAUAAAAAAUUUAAGCAAACUUAAAAACAACACUGCUAGCUUAAAGUUAAUCAAAGUUGUGAGAAACUGCUCUUUGUUACAGAAUGUGAAAAAUAAACAUGGUUUCAAAAAUGAGUCUUACACAUUUAUAUAAAAAAGAUAAGUUUGAUAG